CACUCAUCAAUUCUCAAUUUACUCAGAACAUGUUUUACUCGUGAACGAUGCGAUGGAUUUUUAAAUGAAUUAAUUACUCUAAACAAGGUUUAAUAGCUAAUUUUCUACUUAGGAUGUUACAGGCGUUCUGGAUUUUUAAGAAUAAUGUUUAUACUAGAGAUACUCUUAAACAUUGAAGAUGAAAAGUCUACUUAAAUUCAUUUCUUUGAGCUACUUGAGCCGGCCUAAGUUUAAAAAAGCGCCAUCUUGUCGGCUGCUUACUUCAUCAGCGCAAACGUCAAGCUCCUUCGUGAAUUGCUUAAAUUUAACUUAUCGUUCUUGUUUUGUGCUUAAUUCGUGCGUUCCUGGAACAGUAUGCCCAUCCGUGCUGUUUUAGACAGUUUCUCAACUUCGAUCUAAUAGGCAUUUAAUUCGCCGUAACGUUGCCCAGCCAACCUACACAAAACAUUGUCAUCUACCACCACGGUACCAACUUGAAACUUGCAUAUUGCGAUACAUGGAGCAUUCGGGAUUAAGUUUUCCUAGAGUUCGGAGACUCACAGGACCUCGUGAGCUGCAUCCUCAUAUGAAAAAACCCAUCACGCCAGCUCCUGCAUCUCCACCAGAAACGCUGGCUGAACGAACUCCUGUUUCAUUCAAUUCUUUGGACGAGAAUGUAGUUCCAGUCGCCAAAGUGCCAUCUAUAAAUGUAGUUGCUGAUCCUCCCUCACAUCUAUCGAGCAGGCCUUCACUGUCGACUCCGCAUGGCUCUCGUCCUCUUCCUUCGGCACGACAAGCCGUAACGGUUCAUCGUCCCCAGUUACCCACUCCUCUUCCUUCUUCCAAUACUUUCGACCAGUCUACCUUUGAGCACGCCAACGAUGUUCAUUCGCUUCCCAGUCUUCCCGUUGCUCCUGCACAUUCCAAUCAUUUGCAUUCCACCAAAAUCUCGUCGCAUACCCCCGUAAACCUUAACAAUUACGCUCAGCGAUGCUCCUCCUUGUACGAACCUAGCAUUCGUUCAACGACCCCUUCUCUCCUUCAUCGUUCAAGUUCCCAAAAACUCUGUUACGGCUGUGGACAACCUCUUCGCGCUGGUCGCAUCAUCACCGCUGCUAACCAAAAAAUGCAUCCAGAAUGCUUUCAGUGUGCCACAUGCUCACAAUGUUUAGAGCAUGUUGGCUUCUUCUUUCGUGAGGGCCAGUUUUAUUGUCAUUUAGACUACCAUGAGCAGUUCAGUCCUCGCUGUAAAUACUGCCAAACUCCCAUUGAAGAUCGUGCAGUACACAUUAAUGGUGACUGGUUUCACGAGAAUCAUCAUUUCUGUGCUGGGUGUUCUGAAGUGUUUCAAAGUAACACGCCUUGCUUAUACCGUGAUGACCUGUACUGGUGCCAGAAUUGCUAUGACAGCAAGUACGCAGUCAAGUGCGAAAAGUGUCGAAAGCCCAUUCUCGGUAUCGGCAUUCGUGCUAUGGACGGCGAGUACCACGAUUCUUGCUGGGCUUGUGGUGCCUGUGGAAAUCUUUUGGGUAAACAAGGGUUCUUUAUUAUAGAAGAUACACCUAUUUGCCGUAACUGCAAAGCAAUUUCUGUCAAAUUUCACUUAAAGUAAGUUUCUCGUUCAUUUUUUUGUAUACUCAAACUCCUGGUAUUUAGCAUUCUGCUACUUGCUCAUAAAAAGCACAUUGAAAGUGCAACCAUACUCCUGGUUAAUGUUACAUGAAGUUCGUUUACGCUCACCUUCUAUCUACCUUUUAUAUAUGCCUUUUCAUUUUGUUCCCAUUUAGGUUUCUCCUCGGUCUACGUUUUCCUUUCACGGUUCCAAUUACACACUUAACGCUCAAUAUUUGACGACUAUUUUUGCAAUGUCGCAUAUGCCAUUCGUACUUUUUUGUUUGUACGUUCAACAAUCUCAGACAACCAAAAAAAAAUUAUAUAAAACUUUCAAUAAUCAAAUGAAUUGUAACAAAACCUCAGUAACCAUAUAUCCC